GCCACCGCCGCCGCCGCUGCUGCUGCUCCUCCCGCUGCUGCUGCUGCUCCGCGCCGCGCUCGGUGCUGCCGGCCGUCUGAGCGCCCGCCCCGGCAACGAAGUUAAUCUGCUGGAUUCAAAAACAAUUCAAGGGGAGCUGGGCUGGAUCUCCUACCCGUCACAUGGGUGGGAAGAGAUCAGCGGUGUUGACGAGCAUUACACUCCGAUCAGGACUUACCAAGUGUGCAAUGUCAUGGAUCACAGCCAGAACAACUGGCUGCGGACGAACUGGAUCCCGCGCAACUCGGCUCAGAAGAUCUACGUGGAGCUCAAGUUCACCCUGAGGGACUGCAACAGCAUCCCCCUGGUGCUGGGCACCUGCAAAGAGACCUUCAACCUUUAUUACAUGGAGUCUGACGACGACCACUCGGUCAAGUUCAAGGAGCACCAGUUUACAAAGAUCGACACCAUCGCGGCCGACGAGAGCUUCACCCAGAUGGACCUGGGCGACCGAAUCCUCAAGCUGAACACGGAGAUCCGUGAGGUGGGGCCCAUCAGCAGGAAGGGCUUCUACCUGGCUUUCCAGGACGUGGGCGCCUGCGUUGCCUUAGUGUCGGUGCGGGUCUACUUCAAGAAGUGCCCUUUCACCGUCAAGAACCUGGCCAUGUUCCCAGACACGGUGCCCAUGGACUCCCAGUCGCUGGUGGAGGUGAGGGGCUCCUGUGUCAACCACUCCAAGGAGGAGGAGCCCCCCAAGAUGUACUGCAGCACGGAGGGAGAGUGGCUGGUGCCCAUCGGGAAGUGCUUGUGCAACGCUGGCUACGAGGAGAGAGGCUUUGCCUGCCAAGCCUGUCGAGCUGGGUUCUACAAAGCCUCUGCUGGCAAUGUGAAGUGUGCCAAAUGCCCCCCUCACAGCUCCACCUACGAAGAUGCAUCUCUGAACUGCAGGUGUGAAAAGAAUUACUUUCGCUCUGAGAAAGACCCUCCAUCCAUGGCUUGCACCAGACCACCCUCUGCCCCGAGAAACGUCAUCUCCAACAUCAACGAGACCUCGGUGAUCCUGGACUGGAGCUGGCCCCUGGACACGGGGGGCAGGAAGGACGUCACCUUCAACAUCGUCUGCAAGAAGUGCUCAGGGGGCGGGCGGCUGUGCGAGCCCUGCAGCGACAACGUGCGCUUCCUGCCGCGCCAGAGCGGCCUCACCAACACCACCGUCACCGUGGUGGACCUGCUGGCACACACCAACUACACCUUCGAGAUCGACGCGCUCAACGGCGUCUCCGACCUGAGCACCCUGUCCAGGCAGUUCGCUGCUGUCAGCAUCACCACCAACCAGGCUGCUCCAUCCCCCAUCACAGUCAUAAGGAAGGACAGGACGUCCAGGAACAGCGUGUCCCUCUCCUGGCAGGAGCCCGAGCAUCCCAACGGGAUCAUCUUGGACUACGAGGUCAAAUACUACGAAAAGCAGGAACAAGAGACAAGCUAUACAAUUCUGAGAGCCAGGGGCACCAACGUGACCAUCAGUGGCCUCAAGCCUGACACCACCUAUGUCUUCCAAAUCCGAGCCAGGACCGCAGCUGGAUACGGCACCAGCAGCCGCAAGUUUGAGUUUGAGACCAGCCCAGACUCCUUCUCCAUCUCCAGUGAGAACAGCCAGGUGGUGCUGAUUGCCAUUUCAGCAGCAGUGGCCAUCAUCCUCCUCACCGUGGUGGUGUAUGUCCUGAUUGGGAGAUUCUGUGGAUACAAAAAGUCUAAACAUGGCACUGAUGAGAAAAGGCUGCAUUUUGGGAAUGGCCACUUAAAACUUCCAGGUCUGAGAACUUAUGUAGAUCCACACACAUAUGAGGAUCCCAACCAAGCUGUGCAUGAGUUUGCCAAGGAACUGGAUGCUUCCAAUAUAUCCAUUGAUAAAGUAGUUGGAGCAGGAGAAUUUGGAGAAGUAUGCAGUGGACGCCUGAAGCUGCCUUCUAAAAAGGAGAUUUCAGUGGCCAUCAAAACCCUGAAAGUUGGCUACACAGAGAAGCAGAGGAGGGACUUCCUGGGAGAAGCCAGCAUCAUGGGCCAGUUUGACCACCCCAACAUCAUCCGGCUGGAGGGAGUCGUCACUAAAAGUAAACCAGUUAUGAUUGUUACUGAAUAUAUGGAAAAUGGUUCCUUGGACAGCUUCCUACGAAAGCAUGAUGCCCAGUUCACAGUCAUCCAGCUGGUGGGCAUGCUUCGAGGGAUCGCAUCUGGCAUGAAGUACCUGUCGGAUAUGGGCUACGUCCAUCGGGAUUUGGCUGCUCGUAACAUCCUCAUCAACAGCAACCUGGUCUGCAAAGUCUCAGAUUUUGGUCUCUCUCGUGUGCUGGAGGAUGACCCAGAAGCUGCUUACACCACAAGGGGGGGCAAGAUUCCCAUCCGAUGGACAUCUCCAGAGGCCAUCGCCUAUCGGAAGUUCACGUCAGCCAGCGACGCCUGGAGCUAUGGGAUUGUCCUCUGGGAGGUGAUGUCUUAUGGGGAGAGACCCUACUGGGAGAUGUCCAACCAGGAUGUGAUUAAGGCUGUGGAUGAAGGGUACCGCUUGCCACCUCCCAUGGACUGCCCAGCUGCCUUGUAUCAGCUGAUGCUGGACUGCUGGCAGAAGGACAGAAACAACAGACCCAAGUUUGAGCAGAUUGUCAGCAUCCUGGAUAAGCUGAUCCGUAAUCCCAGCAGUCUGAAAAUAAUCACCAACGCGGCGGCAAGGCCAUCAAAUCUCCUCCUGGACCAAAGCAGCGUUGACAUCUCAGCCUUCCGCACCGCGGGUGAUUGGCUCAAUGGAUUCCGGACAGGGCAGUGCAAGGACAUCUUCACUGGGGUGGAGUACAGCUCCUGUGACACCAUAGCCAAGAUUUCCACUGAUGACAUGAAGAAAGUUGGUGUUACAGUGGUGGGCCCUCAAAAGAAGAUUGUCAGCAGUAUCAAAGCUCUAGAAACUCAUACAAAGAACAGCCCUGUUCCUGUGUAAGGUACCAAAAUGAUGUUGCUCGGGAGAGGAAAACAAAAAAAAGGAGCAAAGUUGCAUCGCAGGUGAAAAGUGAUGGCUGACAAAUGGCAGAAUUUAAAGGAGAUCUUGGCAACAGCUUGGGAAACGCAAUGGUUGAGAUUUCAAACCCACAAGACACUCAAAUACUGAGUAUAAAUGCCUUAAAAAUAGGAGCAAACUUGUUUUCUAUCUGUUAAUCCUAAAGGGUGGGUGCUCUUGACUGACUGUUAAUGCAGAUAGUAAAUAUCAAAAGAAAAAAAAAACAUGUGAAAAAUCCUUCCAAGUAAAAACCAGUGUUACUAAAACUUAGAGCCAUUUGAAUAUUAAGUGACUGAAUAACAGAAAAAAACCAUGGACAUAAAAGCUGUGUAUUUGAUCUAUACAGCAAACAAGAAGAAAGAAAGACUUGCAGUAUUUUUAUACAGAAGAGAUCUGUAACAGGUAUUUUAUUUCUUUAAAAGCAAGGAAAAUAGAGGACUAUACCUCACAACCUGUCUGGCCAUAUUUACUAUAAUGUCAUUGUAACAUGCUAUUUCAGCUUCAGGAAGGAACACAGAAAUAAAGUUUGUAGUGACUUUGAGUUAGUUGACAAAAGAUUUUCACCAUUAUGUUAGCUUCCCUAACUGUGUUCAUUUAAAUAGAAACAAGUCUUAAUUUUUAAAAGGCUUAUUUAUUUUCUUGGUUUUUUUUUUUCCAUUAUUGUUUAUAUUUAUGCUUAAAUACCUUAACCUGGCUGUAUUAUUGCCAAGUGCCAAAUGUUAUCCAAACUUCAUUGGUUCAACCUGAGAAACUGUCUGAGGGUUAGUGACUAGAUGAUUUUAUACACUCAUAGCAUCAUGUAUGAAAUACAGAAGGAAAGAAAGGUGGUUUUUUUCCAGCACUGACACUAUGAAAAGCAUCUGGACUUUUUUUGGCAAAUGAGAUUUCUUCCAUUUGCUGUGAGUGGUAUUUUCCUCCAGGCUGGGGCUUUGUCAGUGGUGUGUGCAUUGAUCUUUAGAUCAGGAUCUGCCCCAAGCAGGACAUCCCAUUUCUUACCCCAGGGCUGCUUUCCUGUCACAAUAAUUUCCUUUUUCUGGGAUGGUGUUCAGGUGAGAGAUCUGCCAAGAAAAGAGAAAAGAGGGCCAGGGUUUGUUGCAUCCUGCUUUAACUGAUGAUGCUUUUUGAGUUCCCUGGGAAGUGACCCUUGUUUAAAGGGAUGACUUGAGCUGUGAGGGGAGGCUUUGGUGUGGAAGUUUACACAUGCCUGAGCUAGAAACCCCCCUGUAGAGGCACUGCCAUCCUGUAGGGGACCUGAAUUUUUGGCACAGCUUCAGUGGGUACCUGUCCUUUGAAAGAAAGCAAAAGGGAGCCCAAGUCCAGGAGAACAUUGACAUCUCCCAUUGGAAAAAGGAGACUGGAAGGUGGAUUUUGGGGGCCCUCCACCAUUUUUAGCAUCUUCCAAAGAGCUUCCCAACUCCUAAGUUCUUGCUCUGGAGCAGUUCUGCUCAGUCCCAGUUCUGAGCAGACACCACUUUUUGCUCUGAAAACGAGUGGUUUAAAACAUAGUGGGAGCCAUUUCUUGUGCUUCUUAAUGCUGUAGAUGUGAUGCCAGGCACACAGAGAGCAGGCCUUGGUCACCAGGGGAAACCAUUCUGCUUCCCAACUUGACAUUCUGGAAUACAGACUUGAUUCUGAUGAUGAUGAAUCCCUAAAAAUUCAAGACUGUGUGAGAAGGAGGUGAAAAAAUGGCACAUUGUGUUUUCUCUGUGCAUGCAAAAGCAGGUGACCACUUGUGCUUCCUUCUGCUGGCUUGGGUUUUGAAGCUCCUUGGUAUGUAAGUGAGGAAAGAAUCACUUUCUAGGAUUUGU